CCCAUGGAUCACGCGCCCAACCCAAGGCCGCAACACACGCACAGGUAACAACUACUCCUCGCUCCCUCCAACACCAGCCAUUGCCAUUGCCAUCGCCGAUUAGUUGACGGACGCCGGCGGCGUUCACGGCGAGCAAGCCCGCCGGCCAGGGCGUCGCGCCGUCCAGAUCAUAGCUCAAUGGUACGUCACGUCAGGCCCUGCACGCUCUUCUGCCCGUGCCUUCCUUCGACGCGUGCCCAGUUCAGCGGCUUCAAAAAUUCUUGACAUGCUCCGUGCGCGCUGCAAUGCAGUCCCUGCUGCCGCUGUUCCUCAGGCCGGCGGCGCGCUUCUUGGGGCCGUUCCUGGCGGGCCGGGCGGCGGAGGCGGCGGCCACGGUGCUGCACCGCGCCGGCCUGCUCCCCAGGGACCGGGCGCUGCGGCGGCUCGUCAGGGACGACCUGCUCCGCGGCGGCGCCGAGGACUACAUCGCGCGUCUCGUCGUCGGCGUGGUGAGCUGCCUCUGCUAGGUCGCCAUCACAAGGUGGUUCCGGUCAUUUAGGACUGAGGUGAAAUCCAGUCAUUUAGCCGAAUUGAGAACCAGAAAUUCCGAAUAUCGAGAAUGUACCCAUGAUCGGCAUUUCAAAAGCAUGAUGCAAACUCAUGAAUGUUUGGAGAAAUAAGGGCGAAGAAAAUGCGUGUGGCUUCAUGGUCAAAAAUUUACACAUGUAUCAAAGUUUCCUGAAGUACUGGUA